AUGGCUUGCGAAAACGCAACUGAUAAUGAUUACAAAUUAGUCGAUAGGGACAGUGUUCUCCUGGAAGCUAUCUCUGAAAUCAAACAAAAAAUCGCUGAGAGGAACACUCUUCUAGCCGUUGAUUGUGAGGGAGAUUCCUUGAGCAGGAAGGGAGCCCUCACCGUCAUCACAGUAGCAACUGAGGAGAAAGUGUACAUAUUUGAUGUGCAAAAAUUGGGUCAAGUCGUUUUCAGCGGUGUACUUGGCGAAAUCCUCGAGGACAGCUCACGAGAGAAGUUGAUGUUCGAUUGCCGACAAGACUCUGACGCGCUAUGGCAUCAGUUUCAAGUUAAACUUAAAGGAGUCUUGGAUAUUCAGCUCCUUGAAAUCAUCUAUCGCCGUGAAAACCCUUCAGAAUCUACAGCUCGUACUCCCCAAGUCUCCACCAAGAAUAAACGCGGUUUUCAGUCCAACCGCCGCAGUCAGAGAAUACACGAAAUAGAAAAAUUAUAUGGUUUUGGUCAUUGCAUUGAGUUGUACCUCCAGGAUGAAAAAUUGUCCAAAGUAAAAGACAAAGGCAAAGAACUGCUAAAGGAAGAUGAGAAAGUGUGGAUAAAGAGACCACUGACGGAUGCUCUUAUACAAUACUGCAUUGUGGAUACCAUGGCCAUGUUCAGGUUGUACAACAAGAUGAAGGAUGUAAAUGGAGGGGAAUCGUCUCGUCUUCGAGUUGCAUCCGAAAAGUAUGUCGGUCUGUACCGAGGCAAAUCAGAAAGGUCCUUUGAUGAGUAUGAAACAAACGGGUACCUUCCUCUCGACAUCAUCCCCGAGAAAGGAACUCUGGAUUUUCCUGUCGUUAACACAGCAUGUACUUGCUGCGAUCGACUAUUUCCAAGGGAAGAAUUCAGUGUAACACAGCUAAGAAAAGGAGAGCAGAAAUGCAGGGUAUGCAAGGAAAUAAAACGCCUGGAUGAUGUGCAAAGGAACAGAGAAGAUAAUUGGGAGCGUGCUGCCCGCGAAGAGGAAGAGUGUGUUUACAUUCCUGAAGGAAUGUCUGACUAUGCGUUUAUUCACGGCCACGAACCCUGGGAAACUUCAUCUGACGUGUCUGACACAGACUACUACUGGUAA